AUGAUUAGAUCAAGAGAUAAUCACAGUAGUGGUGGUGGUUCUAACAAUGGCGACAGUAGUCUUAAUGGUAAUACUGAUGAUAGUAGUAUUAAUAAUCCAUACAGGUAUAGUGUAUUCCAAUCACAUUAUAAUAAUAUUUCAAGGUUAUACGAAAAACAAAUGGCAUCAAUAAAGACGCUAUCAUUGAAUCAUCUAACUGCAAAACAGCAUAUGUUAUUAGCCCUUUUUAGAGAUAUAUCCUUGAUCCCAGCUGGAUUCCAUUGGUUUAAAGCUAUACGGAAAGCAUAUUUGAUAUCUGUAAAAGAUAUUUUUAACAACAACAUCGAUCUUAGCAAUAUUAACAACAAUCUUAAAAUAAACGAAAUCAAAAUAUUAUCUAAUUUGAUUACUGGGCAUGCAUCAGAAUAUGUAUUAUGUGCACUGUGGUGUUUUGUAUCAUUGUAUUUGUCGUUUGCUAUACUAGAUAAUUUAAUGGUUCGUUGGAUUAUGAAAUAUUCUGUUAUGGCAGUAAUAUUAAGAAUGUUUUCCAUGUCUUUAGUUCUUAUUACAAUUCAAUUGUUUUUAUUGAAUUCUCUGUCUCCAGAGAGAGAUUAUUAUUUACACACUUGGAUAUUGAUAAGUUGUAUUUUGACAGGGUUGUUUAUAUGGCAAAAUUAUUUGACGUCCAAUUUUGAUUAUAUUAAAAGAUCUCACCCACCAAAUACCCGCCAUUUUUAUCAUAACCACCGUUAUUAUUAUCAUCCUCAUUCUCAUUCUUAUCUUCCCACACAUCUUAUUGAUGACUCUAUAAGUACUUCAAAUAAACCAAGUAUUCCCACAUUGUCUUUAGCUUCUUCUUCUUCUUCUGUCAUGAUCCCUACCGAUACAACCAAUUCAUUAAUAUAUUCCGCAGAUCAAACCAAUGGCGGCUCUAAUGUUCUCAAUAAUCAAGAGAACCUAGUAGAAGAUGAUUCAGAAGAUAUCUUGCUAUCACACACCAUAAAUUGUGAAGAGGAUGAUAGUGAUCUAAAUAAUGAAGAAACAAGACAAAAUAUACGAUGUCUGGCUAGUAACCGGACAAAGAUAAAGCGAGCAUUUGAUAUAUACAAUAUAAUUGUCUUUUGUGUGGUGCCUAUUGGAUUAGCCAGCUUUAUUACUAUGCUAUGUCUGUUAAGAAAUUUAUUUAUUCAGAGAUUAGAUAUUGAACAACUGAUUGAUUUACUCAAUAUUGAUAUAUAA